GGAUCCUGGGUUAUGACCUGGCAGUGUGGACUCAUACAAUCCAGUCCAAAGCAGAUAAUUAUCUGGGAUCAGAUCCUGGGGUAUAGGUCCAGUGUAGACCGCGCCUCAGUUAAGAGGGGCCCAUUUGGGAAGAGUUGGGGUCAGAGGACAGGCUCCUCGGGUCCUUCCUCCAAUCUUUGCUCCGGUCCCAAGUUCUUCCAGAAGGCGGCAGGGAACGUGCGGGAGAACACGGGAGAAGACCUGGACACGGAGCAGCUCAUCCACGAGACGUGCCGGAACUGCCUGGAGCAGGCUAAACUUCUCUUCUGCGACGGCAAGAAGUCUGUGGCGAGGUUGCCGCACGAGCGGAAGGGACGGCCUCCGGGACAGAGCCAGCUGAGCAACCAGAAGCCUGUGGCAGUGAACAUAGGAUCUCUGGAGCUGAAGCUGGAUGAACUGAAGCCCUUCACGGCGCCGGCCUGGAUGGCCCAGAAGAUGCGCACCGCCAUGGAGGCCCUGCGCUGCGGGUGCGAAGGGGACCCACCCCCGCCCCCCAAGGACGCAUAG